GGGCUGUCCCGGCUGGCGGGGCCCGGCCCGGCCCAGCUGAGCUCAGCAUGCUGCGGGCGGUGGUGCGCGGCUCCCGGCUCUGCCCGGCCCUGCUCCGGGCUCCCUUCUCGGCCGCUGCCGCCUCCCCCAUCCCGGCGCCCAACCCGCGCCCCGACAUCGCCUACAACAAGAUUUUCAUAAAUAACGAAUGGCAUGAUGCAGUCAGCAAGAAAACCUUCCCCACCAUCAACCCAGCCACGGGAGAAGUCAUCUGCCAGGUGGCUGAGGGCGAUAAGGCAGAUGUGGACAAGGCAGUGAAGGCAGCCAAGGCAGCGUUCCAGCUGGGCUCUCCCUGGAGGAGGAUGGAUGCAUCUCACCGCGGGAAGCUGCUGAACCGCCUGGCUGACCUGAUCGAGCGGGACCGCGCCUACCUGGCCGCCCUGGAAACCCUGGAUAAUGGCAAGCCCUACGCCAUCUCCUACCUGGUGGAUUUGGACAUGGUGGUCAAAUGUCUCAGAUACUUUGCAGGCUGGUCCGAUAAAUUCCAUGGCAAAACCAUCCCGUUAGACGGAGACUUCUUCUGCUACACAAGACACGAGCCCGUGGGAGUCUGUGGGCAGAUCAUCCCUUGGAACUUCCCACUGUUGAUGCAAGCAUGGAAACUGGGGCCUGCCCUGGCCACUGGGAACGUGGUUGUGAUGAAAGUGGCAGAGCAAACCCCUCUCAGUGCUCUCUAUGUGGCCAGUCUGAUCAAAGAGGCUGGAUUCCCCCCGGGCGUGGUGAACAUCAUCCCUGGCUACGGGCCCACGGCAGGAGCUGCCAUCUCCUCGCACAUGGACGUUGACAAAGUGGCCUUCACCGGCUCCACCGAGGUUGGACACCUGAUCCAAAAGGCUGCAGCAGAGAGUAACCUCAAGAGGGUGACCCUGGAGCUUGGGGGAAAGAGCCCAAACAUCAUCAUGUCUGAUGCAGACAUGGACUGGGCUGUGGAUCAAGCCCACUUUGCCCUGUUCUUCAACCAAGGGCAGUGCUGCUGUGCUGGCUCCAGGACCUACGUGCAGGAGGACAUUUACAACGAGUUUGUGGAGAGGAGUGUGGAGAAGGCCAAGGCCAGGGUGGUUGGAAACCCCUUUGACUUCAAAACCGAGCAGGGCCCUCAGGUGGAUGAGGAGCAGUUCAAGAAGAUCCUGGGCUACAUCAGCACGGGCCAGAGGGAGGGAGCCAAGCUGCUGUGUGGUGGCAGCCCCGCUGCAGACAGGGGCUUCUUCAUCCAGCCCACGGUGUUUGGGGACGUGCAGGACAGCAUGACCAUCGCCAGGGAGGAGAUCUUCGGGCCGGUGAUGCAGAUCCUCAAGUUCAGAACCAUCGAGGAGGUGAUCGAGAGAGCCAACGACUCCAAGUACGGCCUGGCCGCCGCCGUGUUCACCCGGGACCUGGACAAGGCCAACUUCGUGUCGCAGAGCCUGCGGGCGGGCACGGUCUGGAUAAACUGCUACGACGUGUUUGGCGCCCAGGCUCCCUUUGGGGGCUACAAGGCCUCUGGCAAUGGCAGGGAGCUGGGGGAGUACGGCCUGGAGGCGUACGUGGAGGUGAAAAACGUGACAAUCAAAAUCCCACAGAAGAACUCCUAAAGGACAGCAACAUUCUCCAGAGAUUUGAAAAUAACCAUGCAGCUUCACGGCGCACAAAGCUGAACACAGGAAAUUUAGUAUGCAAAAAUACGUAACUCUGCAGUAAGAGGUGUUUUUUUUUAGGUGUCUCGAGGAGCUUUUGUUAAAAAAAAAAAAGAAACAAACCUACUUGGCUUUAUCUUUUUCAAAUACCAAAUGUAUUUGGUGAGCACUAGCAAGGUGGGACGGUUACUUUGGGUACGUUUUGGGAAUGUGUUGUGUGGGUGCCCUCACCCAGAGGAGAGGGGUGUGAUCUUCACAUCCCCAGCUGAUAAACAAGCUUCUUUUCCCUGAGAAAUCAUUUAAAUGCUUCUUUAGGCUAGGGGGAUUUACAGAAUAGAAAAUAACAGAAUUAGGUCUAUAACCCUUGUCCUUUGAACUGUUUCUGUUCUGUGAGCAAAGUGAACGGAGUUUGUGUACCUGGGCCAGGGAGCAGUGUGAAAUCUGAGGAAAAAGUGCUUUUUUUGUUCCGUCCUGCUGGUUGUAGCCACUCCAAAUAAACAUUUCUUGUCUCAGUGCA